GAGUGGAGAGUGAGACAGAGUGCUUGAUGUUUUGGUUGCUGAUGUCUGAGUGUGGGAUUAUGCUACAGACAGGAACGGUAAUCGCUUAGGAUAAACCUAUGUGUCAACCGGCAUCCUCAGUAGAGCCACAUGACUUGGGGUUGGUGUAGAAAGCUUGAAAGGGGUGGUAGCGCAGAGGAGGGUUCUUGUUAUUAUCUGGUUGCUGGUUUCCCCAUCCCUUCUCUUCGUUGUAACCACUGCCACUAUACCUCAUCCCUUCCUAUACAUACCCCCCUUCGUAAAACACCCUACACUCCCUCCUUCACCCACUUCACACCACUAACCCUUGGCAACAAAGUGCCACAUCAGAAUGUUACGAAACGCGAAGUCGCCCUGAGCGGGUACAACGAUGAUUAUUGUGCGGCGGGCUGUUUCCUUUAAGGAGGAAGACGAGGUAUAUUGGAGUUGAAUGCCGACAGACCAGUUGACAGGAAUUGAACCCUCGUUUCCUCACAUUGUUCCGGUAACUUCAGUGUUCGCAUUUUGCCGGCAAGUAAACCCUCAAGUUUUACGGUACCUUCGCUGGUCAUUAUUGUCCAGAAGCAACAUUACUGUUUGCUGGAACUCUGAGGGUUCUAAUCGGAGAACCUUUCUGGCGUCAGAUAAUCAAAACGGAUUUCUAGUCACGAUACAUUACAUCAAACGGGACUUCGAACCCAGGAAGUGCAGUGAAAAGGCCUCGGAACCAGAAGAUAACAGAUCGUUGGAGGUGUAUUUCAACUGUGACGCAAGAACUUUAGAAUGCCGAACAGAGUUUGUGCUUCAUUUACGUGAAACACCAAAAACAAGAAGCAAUUACACAUUCCUGAAGUGUUUCGUUAAUCUUGUGACUGUGAUUUACUCAAAUAUAUUGCCCAAAUUGAGAUGCAUAACACGGGAUUUGGGAACAUACAGUGACGUUUGGGGUUUGUGGUUCAGCAACAGGAGUCAUGCUGUCGCAUUGUUGGAGAACAACAAUGUUACUGUGUGUGUAGGUCGUGGGGCAUUGUUGUUGGUGCUACAGUCUGAAACCGUCAUCCUGGAUCCAUCAAACUUCAGUCUGUUCUCCUUCCGGCCCCCAGCCAUGGAUCUUACCACGGCUUACCGCUACAAUCAGAACAUGAUGGAAUACUAUACGUGCCACGGUGGUGUGAACCAGCUAGGCGGCGUGUUUGUGAACGGAAGGCCUUUGCCUGACGUCGUGCGGCAGAGAAUAGUGGAGCUGGCCCACAACGGCGUCCGGCCGUGUGACAUCUCUCGACAACUGAGAGUUUCCCAUGGCUGCGUCUCCAAGAUCCUCUCCAGAUAUUACGAGACGGGGAGUUUCAAGGCGGGCGUCAUCGGCGGAAGCAAACCUAAAGUAGCGACUCCUCUUGUAGUGGACGCUAUUGCCAACUACAAGCGUGAGAACCCCACCAUGUUCGCAUGGGAGAUCCGGGAUCGACUGCUGGCUGAAGGAAUUUGUUCGCAAGACAACGUCCCUAGCGUCUCGUCAAUAAACCGGAUCGUUCGGAACAAGGCUGCAGAGAAGGCGAAGCAUGUCCACCACCAGCAGCAGCAACAGUCAGCGGGCGGUACAGGUCAGCAACAACAGCAGCAGACAGGCUCUGUUUCCGUCAUCACACAUGCACCAGCGUCCUCGGUACAGGCGCAACAGCACCACCCCGGGGGCCACCAUGACCCCCAGCGACCCGGCGCCUACAGCAUCAACGGAAUCCUCGGCAUUCCUCAGCAACAGCAGCAGCAGCAAGCGGACCCCAACGGAAACAGCAUCACGAAACGCAAGAGGGAGGACCACCAUACAGAUGAGAACAGAGAUCUCAACGGGCAUCCGGAAGACGAAAUCAAGAGGCAGAGAACACAGUACAACGGAGAUCAACUUUAUUCAAACUUGUGGUCGAGUAAAUGGAGCAUAAAGGAUGAACACAAGUUGCUUUCCGAGCUCGGUAGUGGCGCCGCUAACGGCGGUUCUCCGUAUUACGAUGCUCAGACAGGUUUUCCGACGGUCACCACUACUUCCGACCUGUAUGAGAGUAUCAGCACGAUGACGCAAGCGCAGAGCACUCCAGUUUACACCCCGCCCAUUGGAACAUCGCUAGCAGCGGGGGCCGGUACCCUCACGCCCUUGGCGCCAAUCACCCUUCAAGAAAUGAAAUUGGACCCCACCAUGGCAGCCUACCAGCAAGAGAGCAGCACUUAUAACGGUGUUAACACGAGCACGGACGCUGCUGCCGCUGCUGGGUCGUCCCCAGGGCUCCCCUUGUCCCUCCCCGCCGAUCCUGCCCCGCCAGCAGCGCCACAGGGUGGCAAUAGCUCGCCCGAUCCUGGUUCGCUCACCGUACUCCAGCCUGCCAACAACUCGGCUACCACGGCCGCUGCUUCGCCGUAUUCGACCAUGCUGCCCGGCUUCGCGCACUACUCUACAGUAGGUGGCAGUGCAGUUGGAGGGGGCGUGGUCCCAGUCAGUGACUACUCAUACAGCUCGCCCUAUUCCCAGUAUGCUACGUCAUAUGGCACUUACGGCUAUGGUGCAGGCGGGUUACUCAAUUCCACAUACUACUAUGGGAGUGGCGUUUCAUCUUGUUCUACGUUAAACCAAAACAUAUUCCAAAGGGCGAGUUGUGCCCUGGAUGGCGAUACUGGAGUCGAGGCCAGAUCUCCAAUGGCAGCCACAAGAGCAAAUUCUGGUGCAAGUGCAGCGUCACCCAUUGGAAGUGCGUGUAUGAAAACCGACAUCACCACCACUGCGGCAGAUUUGCUUCUGGGCUGACUGAAUCAGGAUUCUCUGAGCAACCGCAAUGAUGUCACAUCAGAUCUCAGAAGGGAAGGCUGUAAAACCAAAGAUCAUCAACAGGACCAGAAUUAAAUGAUGAUGUAGCUAGUUAUCACGCGUUUUGUACAUUUGUUAAGUCAAGGACCUGAAGAAUGACGUUUUCAAUUGUACUCAAAGAGAGGAAUUUUCACUUGUUACGAACCGGUGAUUUGUGAAUUUAUGAUUAAAUGUUUUAUGUCACAUCCACGUUUUAUCAUCGCCUUGUACAUCACCAACCAGUAAAGUAACUUCUGCUUUACAUUGAGUAAAUAUUAAGUACAGAAGGGAACAAUGUCUCUCUCUAGAUCUGUCAUGAUAUGAAUUUGUUCCAAAGUGCUGAAUGUUUUCUCCAUCUCCUGAAAAUGCUAUAAAGUGGAACCAAUGUUCCUGAUCCAGGACUUUACUUGUCUUGCUAUUCAGGGCCAUAAACAACUUCACCGAAUUAAUCAACAGAAAACAAACAUGUCUGUUACUAAUUUAAGUGCAUGAAGUAAAAACAACAAGCGCAUAUACACAUAGGAAUGGCUUUGAUGUGGAACAAGGCAGUGUUAGAGUGAAAGUGGAGUUGUGGUGAGUGUUGCUAUGGAAGGGAUUUUAUUUUGAUAAAACAACAUGGCGUAGACUCAAUAAGAUUUUAAAUCCACAUAUAGGUAUUUUUGCCCAAUUACAUGACAUUUUAGAUGGAGCGAAAUAAUGGAGAAGAAAAACA